AUGUCAAGCGCAUCGCCCCGGUCGACGCAGUCACCCAAGAAAGAGGAGCACGACGCGGAGAAGAGCGCAUCGCCGACUCUGAGCGCGCGGCGUUCAGACCAGAUCCGAACGACGGCCAUACCGCCGCCUAUGAACCUCGACAGCAACAAGAACAUGGCGGAUUUGCAGAACCGGCGACCCCAGGUCAAGACGCCCGAGCCGCGCGGGUCCAAGGAGCGCAUGAACGGCCACCGCGAGAUCAGCGAGCGGUCGCCCAGCACGCCGGGCCACCUAGCGCCCUUCGACUGGGAGGAGUUUGAGAGCCGGUACGAAGAGGCGCUCGCCGACUCGGGGCACCAGGAGCAGGAGCUGCUUGAAGAGUUUGAAGCGUUGAUUAAGUACUUCAACGUCUGGGCUUCUGCUGCAUCCGUCCACGACAGCGAGCGCGGUGUAAAGCGACUCCAAACCAGAGAGCGAUAUGUGAAGAUUGCCGAGCAGAGCCUAUCACAGAAGAAGAAGCAUUUGACAGAAGUCGUGCGGGCUUUCCAGAGCGCAUUGGCGCUGUUGAGCCAAUCCUAG